AUGGACUUCUUGUCAGCAUGGAUUGUGUCUCCUUCAGCACUACCCUUUCUUUGUCUCAUCUGGGGCACCCAGGCACAGCAGGCCUUCAGGUCUGAGCCCAGGAACCUCACUGUGCGGAUGGGAGCCACAGCUGUGUUAAGGUGUGAGGUUCUACGGGCCUCAGGGACUGUGCAGUGGGUAAAAGAUGGCCUCCUCCUGGGACCUCAGAGAAACCUGCCAGGCUUUCCACGUUACAGCAUGAUUGGAAACCCCAAGAGAGGGCAACACCAUCUUCAAAUUGAAAAUGCUCAACUGGAAGACGACACCUUCUAUGAAUGCCAAGUGGGCCGGUCUGAGAGCAGUCGAGCAAUCAUUUCCAGUCCAGCCUGGGUCAAUGUGCUAAUUCCUCCGUCCAAGCCAUAUUUUGAGGUGGACACGGCAGUACCUUGGGUAGCAGGGAAGAAGUACACGGUUACCUGCAUUGCCCCUGAUGCAAAGCCUGAGGCUGAAGUCACACUUUAUAAAGAUGGAGUCGAGCUGACAGGUGCAGAGUCUUUCACCAUGUCUGGCUCAAAGGAUAAGCUCCUGAACAAGCAUGCUGAAGUAACGGUCACAGCUUUGAACUCUGACAAUGGGAAGCAGCUGACAUGCCACGCCAAGAACCCCGCCCUUUUCUGGCCUGUGGAGUCCACAAUGACCAUGAGCGUGUACUACCCUCCUAAUCCUCCAGUUAUUGUGGGUCUGGAAAGAGAGGAAGUCAAAGCUGAGAGAAUGCUCAAGUUGGAGUGUAUAUCUUAUGGUGGAAACCCCCUAGCCACCCUCCACUGGACCAAGAAUGGGGAUGUUCUAUCCACAACAUGGGAAGAGGACAUUGUGGUCCAGAAGUCCAGCAGUAUCCUCAACCUGAAGAUCACCCCUGCAGACAACCAAGCAGUGCUGUGCUGUGAGAGCGUCAAUCUGGUGUCCCUGUUGCCCCUGUCUGUUACCCGUAAAAUCACUGUGCUCUUUGAGCCUGCAGAGGUGAUUCUGUUAGGUUCCACUGAGGUCAUUGAGGGACAAGAGCUGAGUUUGCUCUGCUACGCCACUUCCAGUAACCCCCCCGUCCAGAUUCGCUGGUGGCUGGGUUACAAGGAGCUCAACACCACUGCUGUCAUUGUGGAAGAGGGAGACAAUGGUGGGAUGACAACCAUGUCCAACAUGACCCACCAGGUCUCCCGGGAAGAGGAUGGGCUUAAACUCACCUGUGAGGCUUUCAACGAAGGCACACACUUCUCCAAGACCCAGAUCACCAAACUCACUGUCUACCACCCCCCUCAAAAGGUAUGGCUUAAAGCUCCUCCUCAAGAUGUCCCUCUUCGUUCAGGGACAAAGGUUCGUCUCAUCUGCUUUGCCACUGGAGGGAAUCCCGCUGCAACCCUUACUUGGUUCAAGAAUGGGAAGACAGUGGCAGGUGCCCUGAAGCAGACAUCCUUUGAUAUCAGUGUGGCUCGAGAGCUGGUCCUGGUUCUGAUUCCAAGUGACAACAUGGCUACCUACCGCUGUGAUGCCACAAAUGAGGCAAUGAAGACCAUCUCUGCCCAUACUAAGCUCAUGGUUCAGUUUACAGCAAUAAGUAUGAAGAUCACAGCUGACCAGGAGGUGCUACAUCAGGGCCAGACGUUAACACUGAAGUGCCUGGCUGGAAGUAGCAACCCAAAGGCCAACAUCUCUUGGAGUCUGGGCCCACUCAGGUUCCAGGGGGUGGAGAGCCAACCCAAGGAAGCUCAGUUUGGUGGAGUUUCAGUGAUGAGUUCUCUAUCCCUGAAUUUGACUUCACAGCAUCACAACCAGAGGGUCAUAUGCCAGGCCUACAGUCAUGUGCUAGCUGAGGGGGCCAACACAUUCUUCAAACUCAAUGUGCUGUUCCCACCAGAGUUCAGCCCAGACCAGCCAACACAGGUCCAGGUGGUGGAGGAUGACAUGGCAACCAUCCCACUGCUGGUCUCAGCUAACCCAGAGGAGGUCUCCUGUGUUUGGCUGCAUCGCAGGGAGAAGCUGGUCAUAGAGAGGGAUCUGCACUAUGACUCGUCCGACGCAUUCUCGCUGCAGAUCAAGAAUGUGACAAGGAGGGACGCAGGAGUUUACACUGUUAAGUGUACAAAUGAUGAGGGUGUCAACCAAAUUUCCAUCAUGCUGGAUGUCCAGUAUGCACCGGGUGUUAAGGCAGAGAAAGACCCUGUGUUUGUGAACCUGGGGGAAACAGCAGACCUGAUAUGUGUGGCAGAUGCCAACCCCAUUAUACCUGACAUGUUCUCUUGGAAAUGGCUGGGAGAGGAGGAGGUGGAAAUGGGAGAGGAGACCCAGGAAGAGGAAUCAGGCCUCAUGACCAUCCAUAAUGUCACUCGGGCUGAUGCUGGACUUUACCAGUGCAUUGUCAAUAAUGGCAUAGCACCCCCUGCCAGUGCAGAUGUGCAGCUGGUAGUGCAGUUCAAACCAGAGCUUCAGAAAGGACCCCAGUGGAGGAAGGUAGCGAGUAGAGGGGAUGGCACCGCUACAGCUGAGGUAGUAUGUCAGGCAGAGGGUAUUCCUCGUGUCGACUUCACUUGGGAAAAAAAAGGUGUGCUCAUGGACUUUGCAAACCCCAGGUAUGAAGAGCGGACUAUGAGGGAGGGUUCCUUCCACACAAGCACAGUCCAAGUGGUAAAUGUGAGCGCAGUUCUGGACUAUGCUGUCUUCAGCUGUACUGCUCGCAACUCACUUGGGGAAGACAGACUAGACAUCCAGCUCGUCAGCACAAGUCACCCAGAUCCUCCCACAUUGUUUCGGCAGGUCAGUGUCAGCCAUGACUCUGUCACUCUGGAGUGGAUCCCCGGCUUUAACGGUGGUUUGCGACAAAGAUUCCGUAUAAGAUACUUGUGGGAGCGCUCAGCCAGCUUCCUGUAUGUGGACGUCUUUCCUCCCAGUGCGACAGUGUUUACUGUCACUGACCUGCAGCCUCUCACCACCUAUAAUUUCUCUGUCAAUGCACUCAAUGCAAUGGGAGAGAGUGGCUAUGCAGACAACAAUGCAGUACUGACCAUCACCACCAAGGACAUGAAUGAACUAGAAGAACCCACAGAUGAUGACUCAGUGGGUGCAGCUGGACUGCCAGCCUAUUUGACUGUAGUGUUUACAGUGGUCUUUGGAGUUCUGCUGGCACUGAACUCACUGGGUUGCUUCUUUGGACUAAGGUGGAAAAAGAGGCAAGGCCAACCAGGGGGUAGGCAAGGCAGUGGGUUGGAUAAGAAGAAGAAUGGAGAGGAGGGGUCCAGUCAUUCAACUGUAAGCAACUCCAAUAAGUAUGAGAGCAGAGAAAAGAUCAACAAAGCAGCCCAGCGCACCCUCCUCAUCGACUCUGAAUCUGAAACAGACAGCAAUGUCUAUGAGAGCUAUGCAGCGGAAAGUUCCCAUUAUUACCCCACCGGUGACUACAUGCCGCCUCUCAGUCCACACCCUGAGGAAAAAUAUGUUACCCCCCUCCCUCACAACCAUUUUUAUGAUGAUGUGAGAGAAGGUCUAUACCAGGAUGUCCUGCCUUCCUUUCGUCCUUCCCCUCUGACCGUGUUUGACCACAGAUUGCCUCAUCAAAGGACUGACUGGAGAUUACCAUCCUACCCUCAGGGUCCUGAGAGACUGAGGGAGUUCAUGGAUGUGCAACAACCACAGAGAGAUUCUGAUCUUCCCUUUGAACUACAAGGCGAGUUAGUCUAGAUCAGAAGGUCUGAGCAAACAAAUACACAAGACACAAACAAGACUUGUACAGCCAAUAUUCAGUACAGUCUUGUACAAUGUAUUUUAUUUUACUGUUUUCGAUGACAUCAUAUAAAUCACCUUGA